AUGCCCCCUGAUAUUCUUUAUUUUCGUCCUCUUGUUCAAUUUUCACGCCCUCUCAUAACUCAAGCACAACCAAAUCCACCUUCUAUAUUUCACAAAUACCAAAAAGUAACAAAAGAGAUGAACCUCACAAAAAAGAAACUCAUCCCUAUUCUUGUUUUGUUCCUCUCAAUCAUAUCAGUCCUCAGAAUUCUUAGCCUCACUCUCAAAACUCAUUCAUCUUCUGCUUCUCCACCUUUUGCCUAUACAAAUGAAUCAUCAUUGCAUCCAAGAGUAUCUCACAACAUCUCUGCUACAUUCCAAGAGAAAGAAUUUAAAGUUUUAAUAAAUAUAAUCUCUCUUAAAUCACCAUGCAACCUUCUCAUAUUUGGAUUUCAACCUCAGUUCCUUAUUCUUUCAUCAAUGAACGAAGCCGGUAGCACCGUCUUUCUCGACAAUAACCACGACAGAGCAACAACAAACUACAACAACAACACUCAAAUACACAGUUUCAGCUACAAUGUGCCAACAAAAGAAGCUUAUAAACUACUCAAACAUGCAAGAAACAAUCCAGUAUGUGCACCAGACCCAAGAUACCUACAAACAUCAAAAUGCAAUCUUGCAUUGAAAAAUUUGCCUGCAAUAGUGUAUGAGAAGAAUUGGGAUGUCAUACUUGUGGAUGGACCGAGCGGCGAUUCGACCGAGUCACCGGGCAGAAUGGCAUCCAUUUACACUGCUGGUGUACUUGCUAGAGGUGGGAAUGUUUCAGAUGUAAUAGUACAUGAUGUAAAUAGAAUGGUAGAGAAAUGGUUUUCUUGGGAGUUUCUUUGUGAUGAGAAUUUGUUGUAUUCUAAAGGGAAGUUAUGGCAUUUCAGAAUUAGAGGUAGUUUGAAUUCCACUACAUUUUGCUCUGUGACAGACAGGGUAAGUACAUAA